AUGGUCAAGGAACUUCUUAGUGCUGGUGCCAAUGUCCUCCUCCCUACAAAUCUUGGAUGGACACCACUGCACUUCGCUCUUCAGAAUGGUGCCGAGGAUGUCGCAGAAGUCUUUUUAGAGUCUGACAGAGUUAUUGACAUGCAAGACAAAUGGAAUAGAACUCCCUUGCAUGUGGCCGUAGAAAGACGAUGUACAGGAACAGUGAGGAAGUUGCUCGCUUUGGGGGCUAACACCCGUAUUCAAGGAAUUGACGACCGCACUCCCCUCCAUAUCGCUCUUCGUGAAGAGAUGGAGGAUAUGGCAGAAAUCCUCGUCAAUUUCGACAGCGAAAAUAAACUUAAGGAUAUUUGGGGUCUGACCCCUUUGCAUUUGGCUGCAAGAGCAGGAUAUGUGAGAAUAAUGAGAAAGCUGCUGGCAGCGGGGGCUGAUUUCCGUUCCCAAGAUAGAGAGGGUAACUCGCCUCUCCAUAUCGCUCUUAGAAGUGACAAGGAGGAGAUAGCAAAUUUACUUGUUGACUUACAUAGCUUGAACGACCUGAGAAAUUCAGGGGAUCAUACUCCUUUGCAUUUUGCUGCAGAAGCAGGAAUGGUAGGAGUAAUGAAAAAGCUGAUCGCUGCAGGGGCUGAUAUUCAUGCCCAAAGUUGUAUCGGUUACGCGCCUCUCCACUUCGCUCUUGUGUACGAAUGGGAGGAUGCAGCAAAUUUACUUGUUGAUUUAGAGAGCAAAAAUGAACCGAAAAAUGAUGAUGGCGACACUCCCUUGCAUACUGCAGCAGAAGCAGGAAUGGUAAGCAUAGUGAAGAAGCUGCUCGCUGCAGGGGCUGAUAUCUAUGUUCAAAAUAAAUACAAUGAAAUGCCUCUCCACUUAGCUCUUUACAAAAAGAAGGAGGAAACGGCGAAUUUACUACUCGAUUUAAUGAUCGCAAAUAACUUUCAAGGUUGUGAUGAGAACAGUCUCUUGUGGGUUGCUGUAUGCGUACAAUCAGUGGAUGUAGUGAGGAAAUUGUUGUUCUCUAACGUGCAUCCACAUAGAAAGCACGAGUUUGACGAAAAAUAUCCACUGUUUAUAGCGUUUGAACUGGGAAGAAACGAUAUUGCGAAGAUGCUUCUUUCAUCUUGCGCAUUGAAGCACAUUGCGAUCCAUGGGGAUGAUUCGCUUCCCGCAGCCCAUGAUAUGCAGUACUGCGUCCAACAGCUGGCUGAAUUUGAAGCCGAGAUCCAUCAGAUGAAGAACACAAAGCUGUAUGACACCACCAUAUCCUACUAUGAUCUUGCGUCGGCAUCCGUCGCCAAAUUGGCCCUCUACUAUGGAAACGAAAACGUCCGAAGCGUUUUACUUCAGGAUGAGUUGCAGAAGUUUCCAAACUAUGCGGAACUAAUUUAUUUCAGAAUGAGGAAGGCGGAAACGAGGAAGGUAUGGCAUGAUAAGUGCAUGGAGUGUUUUGCUGUUUUGUGCCACAACCUACCUCCUCUUUCAGCAAUUAGCAUCGAUAAUGUGUUACUUAGCUUGAGUGAGAAAGAAAUGCAAAUACUUGUGGAAGCUUUCAAUUUUAAUCUAUAA